AUGCCUAACAUUAAAUCAAUUGAGUAUUUUCGUGUUCCUCCACGCUGGUUGUUUGUCAAGAUCACGGAUGAUGCGGGGAAUGUAGGGUGGGGUGAAGCUUCUUUAGAAGGUCACACACAAGCAGUUGAGGGCUGUUUGAAUUCCUAUAUUGAUCGCUAUGUUGGAAUGAAUGCUGAUGACAUCGAACAUAUUUGGCAGACCACUUGGCGACUCGGUUUUUAUCGUGGUGGGCCUGUUUUCAUGAGUGCUUUGGCUGGCUUAGAUAUUGCCCUUUGGGAUUUGAAAGCUAGAAGGUUAGGCGUGCCUAUUUAUGAACUAUUAGGUGGUAAGGUACGCGACAAGCUUAAGGUAUAUGCCUGGAUAGGCGGAGACAGACCUGCAGAUGUACUAGAACAGGCUAAGAGUCGGAAGGUGCAAGGCUUCACGGCUGUCAAGAUGAAUGGCACCGAAGAUCUCGGGUGGUUGGACUCGCCAUCCGCACUUGAUGAAUGCGUCGAGCGACUUAAAGCAGUAAAGUCCCUAGGAAUGGACGCUGGUAUUGACUUCCACGGUCGAGUCCAUAAGCCAAUGGCAAAGCAACUGGCAAGAGUACUUGAACCCUAUCGCCCAAUGUUCAUCGAAGAGCCUCUGCUUUCAGAGCACCCAGAAGGUAUAAAAGAGAUCUCUCGAUUGACGAGCACCCCCAUCGCUCUUGGUGAAAGGCUUCACAGUCGGUGGGAUGUUCGACCAUUCCUGGAAACUGGGGCAGUAGAUAUUCUUCAACCAGAUAUCUGUCAUAUCGGAGGAAUUUCAGAAAUGAAACGGAUUGCUGCAAUGGCCGAAGCCUAUGAUGUAGCCAUAGCGCCUCAUUGUCCCUUGGGUCCGAUUGCUCUGGCAGCAAAUGUGCAGGUGAUGGCUGCCACUGCCAAUUUCGCUAUUCAAGAGAUGAGUUUGGGCAUCCAUUACAACGUAGGAGGACAGGAUUUGACAAGUUACACCCACAACCCAGAGAUAUGGGAGGUCGAUAAUGGGUAUAUCAAGUUGAUGGCGGGCCCGGGACUGGGCAUUGAAAUUGAUGAAGAGCAAGUCAGAGCCUUAUCUCAGGGUGCUAAGCCUUGGGUGAGUCCUGGAUUUAUUGGUCCUGGCGGAGAAGUAAGGGAAUGGUAA